AAAGAUUGCAACUUAAUCGAAUUUUUUUAGAAUGUUACAAUAUUCGUAGGCAUAAAUGGCAACAUCGAUUUGCAGCGUUUACACACGCAUAAACUCGUUCUGCGCACAUUCCGUAUUGUCUGUCAUUUAAGGUCUACGUCGAUGCUGUUUGAGAAUACGACUUGCAGGAUUAGCUGUGCGUCUGUGUAGAUUUUUGUGGGUCAUGGGGGGAAAGAGCAGGAGGUAAAUAAAGAGACACGCGUUAAUAAACACGGGUAAAGAUUUACUUUAACACUCAGUAGCUUCGCUGGAUGCUUGAAUUGCCAGCUAUUUAUUAUAUUGUAAGCAGACAAUUAGGAGAAGAGGAUAGUAGGAAGGUCUACAGUCAGUAGUAGUAGUAGGUGCUGGGCCCUAAUCGUACAGCAUCUGUUUGGGUCAGCGGAAAGAAAUCCUUAAAUCUAAACCCUAGUAUAGCUACUGGACCACCUGUGGACAGGGUACAGUGUUGUCUCCCCUUAUUUUCGCUCUAAGGUGGUCUGAUUGGAUACACCGCUGCCCGGUGUUGCCAUGGCGAUGCGGGAGCUGGUGGAGGGGGAGUGCGGGGGAGCCAAUCCCCUCAUGAAGCUGACGGGUCACAUGACCCAGGAGGGAGGUGCUUGGAGGCACAGGUCAACGCCCACUAUUCCCCCUACACCCAUUGAAAUUGCAACAGAAGAAGAGUUGGUGAAUGAGUUCAUGCAGCAGGCGCCUCCACGGCCCCCUCACAGCUUUGACAUGGGCCAGUUACUGGAGGAAAUGCAGCAGAUCGAUCAGCAGAGCUACAGACAGGCUCCACAGAAAGCUCCGGGUGUGGCUGCGUUGGCCCUGUCUGGUGAUUGGACGUCUGAGUUUCUGUCGGGAGCAGAUGCCGCCACCGCCUCUUCAGGGCAGGCGGGACUUGGAGACCCGGCUGACGCUGAUUGGACCAGAGAGUUCAUCACCGAUGGCACAGAUCCCGGGCGUUGGGCAGAGGAGUAUCUGGAACAGUCAGAGGAGAAGCUAUGGCUCGGAGACCUGGGAGAGAGGGAGCAAGAAUGGACGAAAGAGUACCUACCAGGAGACGAACUGAAGCAAACAGCCAAUGAGCUGGUCGCAAAGGUCAAUGACCCCAAGUUACAGAACACCGAGGUCUCAGUGGAGUCAGCGGAAUCAUGGGUAGAUGAGUUUGCCACUGCAGGUCCAGAUUUCCAGCAAGCUAAGGCUGCUGUGGGGAGCGACUUGGACUUCUGGGAGAAGCUGCAGCAGGAGUGGGAGGAGAUGGCCAAGAGAGAUGCAGAAAGUCACCCCUGGCUCUCCGAUUUUGACCAGAUGCUCAGCAGCUCCUACGACAAGGGGUACCAGUUUGAGGAGGACAACCCGUACAUGUCCCACCAGGACCCCCUUGCUGAGGGGGUGAGGAGGAUGGAGGCAGGGGACAUCCCUGGGGCCGUGCGCCUGUUUGAGAGCGCCGUACAGAGAGAACCAGACAACCAGCUGGCAUGGCAAUAUCUGGGAUCCUGUCAGGCAGAGAACGAACAAGAGUUUGCAGCCAUCAGUGCCCUCCGCAGAUGCAUAGAGUUGAAGAAGGACAACCUGACCGCUCUGAUGGCACUGGCCGUCAGUUUCACCAACGAAUCGCUGCACAGGCAGGCCUGUGAGACCCUUCGCGAUUGGCUGAGGCACAACCCGGCGUACCGGCCAGUCCUGGAGCAGAGUGAACGGGAGCGAGAGAAGGACGGAGGGACCAGAGAGCGGGAGAGAUUUGGCUCACUGCUGCCAGAAUCUUUGUUUACAGAGGUGCAGUCCCUGUUCCUCAGUGCGGCGAACUCUGACCCCGCCCGCGUCGACCCCCAGCUACAGUGUGGCCUGGGAGUCCUCUUCAAUCUGAGCGGGGAGUAUGACAAGGCCGUGGACUGUUUCACCGCGGCCCUCUCCGUCACACCACAGGACUACCUGCUGUGGAAUAAACUGGGCGCUACCCUGGCCAAUGGAAGCCGCUCAGAGGAGGCUGUUGCCGCCUACAGGAGGGCGCUGGAACUGCAGCCAGGCUUCAUCCGCAGUCGGUACAACCUGGGAAUCAGCUGUGUCAACCUAGGAGCCCACAGAGAGGCCGUGGAGCACUUCCUGGAAGCCCUGUCCCUGCAGCGCCAGGCGUCGGGGGAGGGCGAGACGGUCAGUGCCAGCCGGGCCCCGGGGGGCGCCGCAGCCACCAUGAUGUCCGACAACAUCUGGUCCACCCUGCGCAUGGCCUUAAGCAUGAUGGGAGAGAGCUCGCUAUACACGGCGGCCGACCGGCGAGACCUCGACACGCUGCUCUCCUACUUCUGUCAGAGGGAGGGGGAAGCGGGGGGGGAAUGAAGGUGUGGGAGGGCCGAGGAGGGGAGAGGGGCAGGAGGAGAGUUGAUAGUGUGUGAGUGCGCACUUAGGGGAGAAAGGUGUCUGGGAGAGGUAGAGAGAGUAAAGGAGGAGAGCGAGAGGUCCUGUCCACAAACAACCCCCUAACCCUAUAGGCACUUCAUAUAAACCUGAAAUGAUUGGAUAAGUAUAAAAAACAUGGAAGUAGCUCCAUUUGUAGAAUUUCUGCCAUCUUGCUUAUAACUACCAGGGUUGGGGUCAGUUUAAUUCCUGAAUUGAAAUGGAACUGACACCAACCCUGAUACCUAUCCAAUCCUUUCAGGAAGAGAGGGAGGAUAAUGUGUGACAAGGGGAGAGUAGGCCGAAAGGGAGGAGAGGUGAGAAGGACAUUUUGAUGUGUCUCAGCAACCAAGGGAAAUGCACCGUAUACACCAGGUGUAUUGAAUACAUACUAUUUCCUCCCCUGAUCACUCUGACAUAGCCUGGUUGCCAGUUGGUUCCUACUUUUUUCAUUAUCAUGUUUGACACAAAGCAGAAACAGACUGGCUGUCUGGUUAGUUACCCUCUGUCCUCAGCAACUGGUGCAGGGAUGUUCUUGUGUUCCUCAUAAUCAGAGGCAUCGUCAUGCCUAUUGAAACUGAGGAGUCACGUGACUCCCUUAGUUUCAUUCAGCCCUAUGAACCAUGGGAUGUAUACAUUGGAUACUAGUGAAAAGUUUGCACCUUUUUGUUUUCCAGAGGGAAUAAAACAGACGUGCUAGAGCAAAAGAUCAAGUUGAGAUGAAUGUUCCUGUAAUGUAAAGAUAGGAUCUUGUUUGUUUGGAGGAUCUUUGUUUUUCUUUUUUUAUUCCCCCUUGAAAAUAUGAAGUUCAAACGUUGUAAAGCUGGCUUACUGAUUCCGAAUCAAUUGCUGAAGGUAAAAAGAGACCAUUACAGUAAUAUAGAUAUCUGGCUUUGGAGCAAGGGUGCUGAACUCCGGUCCUUGAGGAGCCACAGUGUCUUUUUCUCUCUCGUUAUUUUAGAGAAUGAAUUAUACUUGUACUCAGUCCAAUCAAUGACAUAUAAAUCAAUGAAGUACUCGAGAGAAAUGAAAGACUGCUGACAUGAGUUGUACACACCAGAGUCAUAUUCGCUAGUAGUAACCCAAUGGAAGCAAACGGGGCGGGACCUACCUGAAUUUGUCCGAUAAGAAACGCUUGUUUUCAUUUUCUGUUGCUACGGUGUGCAAGAAUGAAUAUGACUCGGCUUUGGACAGAGGAUGACAUCAGUGUAAAGGUGAUGGUAUACCGAAAGAGGUGUCUUUGCACUUCUUCCCACCCUCAACCCUUCUUUCUUCAGACAAAUGCCCUUGUUGUAAAAUAAUUAGCUUAAUUGUAAAAUAAUGCUUUUUUUGCCAUAUUGUCUGUAAUAUAAUUAUUGUACUGUUUUCAAAAUAGUUAACCAUACUGUAAUGAUUAUUAAUAUGAUAUUCAGCAAUAAAGCUCUGACUCCAAAAAUGGUC